AUGACACAAGAAAGUUGCCAGUAUUUGGGAAAACUUCCACCUAAGCUUCAAGAUCCAGGAAGCUUCACCAUUCCUUGCAUUAUAGGAAAUACAUACCAAAGGAAGGCCUUGUAUGAUUUAGGGGCAAGCAUCAAUCUCAUGCCUCUAUCUGUCUUCAAACAAUUAUCCACUGGGCCAGCUGAACCAACCACGGUAACUUUACAAAUGGCAGACAGAUCCAUUGUCAAGCCAGAAGGGAAGAUUGAAGACCUGCUAGUCAAAGUAGACAAAUUUGUCUUGCCCGCUGAUUUCAUUAUCUUGGAUUACGAAGCUGAUAUUGACGUUCCCAUCAUUCUGGGUAGAGCAUUCCUAGCAAUUGGAGGAGCAGUAAUCAAUGUACAAAAAAAGGAACUGACCAUGAGAGUUCAUGAUGAUGAAAUCAAAUUCCAUAUCGUCAAGGCAAUGAAAUUCCAAGAUGAAGAUGAAGAUCUGGAGGAAUGUUUUGCCCUCACGUUGUUAGACAACCAGUUUAGCAGAGAAACAGAAGGGGAAGAAUGUGAGGAAGAAGAAGGAGGUCCACAAAAAAGGAAGCAAAGUUGCUAUCUGCAAGAAAGAAGACCUGAACCUUUGAUAAGAACUGAAAAGGAAAAACAACUCAAAAGACCUUCCUCAGAAAAAUCUCCUCACCUAGAACUGAAAUCUCUUCCCCAACACUUGAAGUAUGCAUAUCUGGGAAACGAUGACACCCUUCCUGUGAUCAUUUCCUCCUUUCUCACCAAGGAGCAAGAAGAAUUGUAG